AUGGCUGAUAUAAGUUCAUUAUCUUCGAUGAUUCCUGCUGUUUCCUCCGAGCUUGGGGGAAUGCAAGUGUCUAAUUCGAACCAACACAUGGUUCAACCCAACAUGAUCCACCAAAACCGAGCGGCAUCAGAUGGUCCGGUGGCUAUCCUUUGGGACAUCGAGAACUGCCCGGUUCCAAGCGACGUCCGUCCUGAAGAUGUAGGUGGGAAUAUCAGGAUGGCAUUGCAGGUGCACCCUGUGAUUAAAGGAGCAGUUAUGACGUUCUCGGCCUAUGGAGAUUUCAAUGCCUUCCCUAGGCGACUAAGGGAGGGAUGUCAGAGAACUGGCGUUAAACUUAUAGAUGUUCCGAACGGUAGGAAAGAUGCAGCUGACAAGGCUAUUCUCGUCGACAUGUUUCUUUUUGCACUCGACAAUCCACCACCUUCCUCCAUCAUGCUUAUCUCAGGGGACGUUGACUUCGCUCCAGCUCUGCAUAUUCUAGGUCAACGUGGAUAUACCAUUAUCCUAGUUAUCCCUUCUGGAGUUGGUGUCUCGUCCGCACUGUGCAAUGCUGGUAAAUUCGUUUGGGACUGGCCUAGUGUGUGCCGUGGAGAGGGAUUCAUGUCCCGUUCGAAGUCCUUAAUGCCCCCUCAUGGACUGCCAGUUGACCUUCGUCUCAUGGGAUGUCAUAUCAAUGAGAGUCCUGAGUACCAAAAUGAGGAGGAGGCAAUUGUCUAUCGAGGGGUUUCUCAAAGUUACUACAACUCGAGAGAUUUAUCCUUAGUUUCACACUCUUUAGCUGAAUACAGCAGUGGGAACCUGCCUAAUUAUCCUACAGGGAUGAGGACACAGAGUCUUCCAAAUGGUGUGAGUGAAGUACCAUCGGCUUGCCUUGCUCCUUAUGAUGAUCAAUACAGUUCUGUAAUGUGGGUUCAACCUGGGGAUGUACAUGGUUUGAAGACACAGUUAGUAAAGUUGCUUGAACUCUUUAGUGGAUGUUUACCUCUUCAACGUAUUCCAUCUGAGUACCAAAAGAUGUAUGGACGGCCGCUUUAUGUAUCAGAGUAUGGUGCAUCCAAGCUUGUCAAUCUUUUCAGCAGAAUGAAUGAUGUGAUUUCAAUAGAUGGGAAAGGGAAAAGGAAAUUUGUGUAUCUUCAGAAUUGGAAAUCAGGUCCAAGUGCUCCUCCUUUGAUUGUUGUCAAUCCCUUAAGUCUUUCCAAAAAGGAUAGGAAAGGAAAAGGAGCUCAAGAGGGUUUGGAAGUGGCAGGUAAUGGGUUUGUGUCCUCUGAUGAGUUCUCAGAUGAUGAUGGAGUGGGAGUUGAAGAACUUGAGGAGAGGAGAAGUCCAGUGAUCCAGACUAGUACAGCACAUGUAUCUCAAUGUGAAGAAGGUGAUAAUGGUUAUUUGGAGCAAUUCAAGUUCGAGUUACAGGAGAUUUUGGUGAGCUAUUCUUGUCGUAUUUUCUUGGGAAGUUUUGAGGCUAUAUACCAGCAACGGUACAAGAAACGGCUGGACCUGCAAUGUUUUGGUGUCACUCAGCUGGAGGAGCUUUUUGAUAAAGUUAGGGAUGUGGUUGUCUUGCAUGAAGAUCCUGCGAGUAAGAGAAAGUUUGUGGAUGCUAUUGGUGGCUAG